CUUCCACUUCUUUCUAAUUCUCUCCUGUGUCUUCGCAAAUAUAAACAUUAAAGAGAAACAAAAAAACAAAACAAAAAAAACAAAAAACAAAAAGAAGAAAAGCAAAAAAAAAGUAAAAACAUUUCUCGUCCAUAUCUGGAAGAAUCAUGUCGAAUCGAUUUGAAGUGUUGUUUUAAAGUGUCACGCAUAUCGCAUAUCGGUCGAUUGAGAAUAUUACAUAGAUACAUAUUGAUAAAGCAAAGGAAAAGUGUUUCGUAAAGAUAUAUCAUAUUAAACUACAAAGAUAUCGUGAUUUGUUCGAUGUGUCCUUCGAGUAUAAGUUAAUUAUGCAAGAGCAGCAAGAAGAACAACGUGAUAUUGGUGGUGCCGAUUGCUGCUACCAACAACAAUGGCCGACGCAACAGCAACAUCAUCAACAAUUAUCGAUGGUACCAUCGCCGAUGCAACAAAUGGAAGCGUGUCUACAAAGCGCAGGAAGAGUAAAACGAUCCCGAAGUCCGAAUUUAAGUAAGUCGUCUUUGGCGUCGCACGCUUCGAAUCCGCCGGCAGUAGCCGUGGUGGUAGCAACAUCGUCGUCGUCUUCGUCGUCCACCUCUUCCGCGGACGGUCGAAAUGACAGGAAUAAUAAUAAUCGACACCACGGGGAUCAUCAUAAUAAUCAUAAUAAUAAUAAUAAUAAUAAUAAUAAUAAUAAUAAUCAUCAUCAUCAUCAUCACCAUCAUCAUCACAAUCAUCAUCGACGUAGAAGCGACGAGGGUACGGAAGAAAUUGGUUCAUCGAAGAGACCACUUCAUCCGGCACUCGCUGGAGCUGGGGCAGCGCUCGAAGCUAAACCGCUUUGGGAAGAAUUUCAUCAAUUGGGAACGGAAAUGAUCGUUACCAAAGCUGGAAGAAGAAUGUUUCCUACUUUUCAGUGUCGACUCUUUGGUUUGGAUCCAAAUACGGAGUAUCUUUUGGUGAUGGAUUUUGUUCCGUGCGACGACAAGAGAUAUAGAUACGCAUUUCACAGCAGCGCCUGGGUAGUCGCUGGUAGGGCCGAUCCAGUAUCACCACCAAGGAUUCAUAUGCAUCCUGAUAGUCCUGCCAGCGGAGCCCAUUGGAUGAAACAACCGGUCUCUUUUGACAAACUCAAGCUCACUAAUAAUCAACUCGAUGACAACGGCCAUAUCAUCUUAAAUUCGAUGCACCGAUAUCAACCAAGAUGUCACGUUGUAGUCGCACCCUCACCACCAGGUUCAGCGCCAGAUCCAAGGACGGAAAACUUCAAGACAUUUUCCUUCCCAGAGACGAGAUUCACCGCGGUGACGGCCUAUCAAAAUCAUCGUAUCACCCAAUUGAAAAUCGCUAGUAAUCCAUUCGCUAAAGGAUUCCGAGAUUGCGAAUCCGACGAUUGCGAAAGCGUAGCGGUAUCUUCGGCAAUACAAAAUCCUGCAAAAAGAUCGGCACCGAGUGGCACGAGUAAUGUAAACGCAAAUGCCAAUGUCCUUACAACGAGCGGAUAUCCGAAUGCUAUAAUAUCUCAGGGAAUGCAAAUACCCGGUUUGUCGAGUCAAGAACAUCAUCAUCAAUUUUACGCGACCGCUACUCCAGGACCUUGGUCCACUUAUCCCCCUCCUCCCCCACCCCCGCCGCCACCUCAUCCCCAUCAUCACGGACAAUCCAACCCUCACGUCAAUUCCCUUCAUUAUCCUCAUCCUCAUCCUCAUUCUCAUCCUCAUCCUCAUCAUACCCAUCCUGGUACUUCUCUUUAUGGACCACGAUAAUCCUCUAUAAUCGUAUCUAUAUAUCUAUUUAUCUAUCUAUCUAUCUAUCUACCUAUCUAUCUAUCUAUCUAUCUAUCUAUCUAUCUAUCUAUGUAUAUACAUAAACGUGAUCGAGUCGAUGAUACGUGUUUAAACCAAAGCGAUUAAAACAACGUUACACAUUUAAUGUUAAGAUUGUCAGAUUAUAUCGUGGAUAUAAACAUAAUAUGUAUUUUGUAGAGAUUUUAUCUUAUUUAUAUUAAACGUUAAAUAUAUUUUCCAAUGACGUAUUGGUUACGAAAGAUUUGAUAUUGUCUCAAAUAUAUAUAUAUAUAUAUAUAUAUGUAUAUGCAUAUAUAUGUAUCUUGGGAUUUGUAUUAAAAUGUUAGCCAUUUCGAUCGUAGGUUCGACGUAACGUCGUCCAAGAAGGAAAGUGCCUUUUGUAGGAGCAAAGUGCGUCUAUUUAUACGAGGUAUCUCAAAUGCCGAACGAGCCUAAAACGCUCUCUUGAGCCAAGACGGGAAUGUAAACGCUCCGUGACAACCCAUGAGAGUGCGGGACCGUUAAGUGCCUUAAUAAAUUAUGCCAUGAGUAUCGUGCCAUUGUACUUUUAGGUUUAGAGAGAAGUUACGUUCUCAUCUAAUAAAAAAGAAUUUCGAUGCGUUAUCGUUCGAUAUUUACUCCAAAAAAGAUAAGCGACUUUCCUUUACAUAGGUAUGUACUAGUCUACUUUUUGUCCAAAAAAAAAAAGCGAAAAUACAAUGAGUUUCGAUAUAA